GACAUCUUAUUGAGUAAUUUGAUUUCGUUUGCAGAAAAAAAUAAAAGAGUAUAUAUUCUUAAGUUUGAAAAUGAAUUAAAUAUUUGGAGAGUGGUUGGUGUGACAAUUAUUGUGAAUUAAAAAAUUGAGAUUGCGUUUUGGAUUAGGAGAUCGCUUGAGUUAGCGUGGAACUAAUGUGUUGAUGCAAAUGGUACAAAUUCGGUGUUCUUUAAGGCUCCCUACUCCCUACUGCCUACUCGUCUUCGAUUAUCUUCUUAAGGCUUUUUGAGUUUUGACAAGGCUUUGUACUCAAUAUUAAUCUUGUCAAUUAUCACAAGAUCGUUUGCACGGCGCAGGAAAAUGCAGAAACUGUUUACAGUGAGGUCGCUGGCAUCUUCUUUGUUCAGAAAACAACUCCUCAAUCGCCAUGCUGCUGCUUUCUCCACAUCACUCCUCUUUGAUGAUACCCAGAAACAGUUCAAAGAAAGUGUAGCUCAGUUUGCUCAAGAAAAUAUUGCCCCUCAUGCCUCAAAAAUAGACAGAUCAAACUAUUUCCCUGAGGAAGUUAAUUUGUGGAAAUUGAUGGGGGAUUUCAAUCUCCAUGGCAUCACUGCCCCAGAGGAAUAUGGAGGACUUGGCCUUGGUUAUUUAUACCAUUGCAUUGCGAUGGAAGAAAUCAGCCGUGCUUCAGGGUCAGUUGGUCUGUCAUAUGGUGCACAUUCUAACCUAUGCAUUAAUCAAUUGGUGAGGAAUGGAACUCCAGCUCAGAAGCAAAAGUUCUUGCCAAAGCUUAUAAGUGGGGAGCAUAUAGGAGCUCUUGCAAUGAGUGAACCUAAUGCUGGCUCGGAUGUUGUUAGCAUGAAGUGCAGAGCUGAUCGUGCUGAUGGUGGUUAUAUUCUAAAUGGGAACAAAAUGUGGUGUACAAAUGGUCCUGUUGCCCAUACACUGGUUGUCUAUGCAAAAACUGAUAUGGCAUCUUGCUCGAAAGGAAUAACUGCAUUUAUCAUAGAGAAGGAUCUGCCAGGGUUUAGUACCGCCCAGAAGCUAGACAAAUUGGGGAUGCGUGGAAGUGACACAUGUGAGCUUGUGUUUGAGAACUGUUUUGUUCCUGAGGAAAAUGUUCUGGGCGAGGAAGGGAAAGGUGUUUAUGUAAUGAUGUCGGGAUUAGAUCUGGAGAGGCUUGUCCUGGCAGCAGGACCUCUUGGAAUCAUGCAGGCAUGCCUCGAUGUUGUUCUUCCCUAUGUUAAACAGCGAGAACAGUUUGGAAAACCAAUUGGAGAAUUUCAAUUUAUACAGGGAAAGGUUGCUGAUAUGUAUACUUCGUUACAGUCUUCAAGGUCAUAUGUCUACUCUGUCGCCAGGGAUUGUGAUAGCGGACUAAUUAAUCCAAAGGACUGUGCUGGUGUGAUACUCUGCGCAGCUGAAAGAGCCACACAAGUUGCUCUUCAGGCUAUUCAGUGUCUGGGUGGCAAUGGCUAUGUGAACGAAUACCCAACAGGCCGUCUUCUUCGGGAUGCAAAAUUGUACGAAAUUGGGGCUGGAACCAGCGAAAUUAGGAGAAUGAUCAUUGGUCGUGAGCUCUAUAAAGAACAAUGAGGACAAAAUUCGGAAGGUGCUUUGGCCGGCUUCUAUUUAUAUACACGUAUGGAGAGUAUGUUGUUUUUAUGUUUCUGUGUACUUGCCUGUAAAAUCUGCAACCAAAAGGUUCAUCCUUUAUGAUUUAUCAUUUAUGCAAUGCAAUACCAACAUUAUCUGAAAUCACUGCUGCAAAAUUGUGUCUCGACUACUCUUUUUCUCGUUUUGCCCUCUUCAAAAUCAAUUUUUUUAUAUGCAGCUGCACAUGAAACUUUCUCAGAUCACAAGAACAUUUUUGUAUUGUCAGACAUUAGAUUCCAAUUUUAUCCCUUCU